UUUAUAGUGCUUUCCUUUCGGUCGAGAUAAGUUGCCUACGUCAUUCGCAUAGAACAAUAUGUAUACGAUUUUGCUAAAGCAAAUUUACUAAGCUUCUCGUACAGUGAAGUUAUGAAAAUUAACAAUCUUUGACACCAUGUUUGCAGGACCACCAGGACAUUAUCCCAUGAGCUCUGCUGGAAGGCUACCUGUUCCUUCUGAACAUGUUAGUACUGCUCCACCCUCACUUACUGAAAACUUGCAACCACAGUCCUUGUCCAGUGAAGAAAUGAAUAAAACAAAUAACCUCAUUGGUCCACCAACACAACCUAGCAUGAAUUCUAUGAAACCUGGACAUCCACCACUACCUGGUCAGUUGAAUCUUAAUCAGGGUCAAUACUCAUCAUCACCACAGCAACAAAACAAUCACCAGUUACCAAGAGUGAGUGAAACAGGAAACUACAGUUCACCAAGUUAUCCUGUGCAGAAUGGACCCAGAUUAUCCUCACCAUUUCCUCAGACUUCACAGUCUGUAUCUGGAGCUGGACAUUAUCAUGUAGGAAGAAUGUUAGGGCCAGGACAAAUGCAUUCUCUUAAUGGUGGUUUUUCAAGGAGUUCCUUGCCAAGACAGAGUUCUCAUCCUCGUUAUCCUGUACAUAACCUAUCAGUGCCUUUAUCAGAAAUUCCAAGCAGUACUGGCCCUUUACUACCAGCUCCUUUCCCUGUCCAGAACUGGACACAUACCACUAGUCCAGGAGGAACACCUGGACCCUCAGAACCUACUUCGGCUCGUUCCUCACAGAACCCUUCCCCCAUACCUAUGCAGCGUAUUGACUACAUGGAAGGGCAGUUUCCCUCUAGCAGACCAAGUCCAGCUGCUUCAGCCACAAAUCUACAGGCUUUAGAUCGGGGUACAGGAGAACCUAGACAAAAUGGUCCACCCACGAUUUCAGGUCCUUACUCACAACCACCACAGACUAUUCCACCUGUAUCUACUAAUCUACUUGUUUCUCAACCACCACAGCCAUAUUCUUCCCCUUUUGGUUUCAAGCCUCCAUCUGUUAAUGUAAGACAGGCUCAAGUUAGAACUAAAUAUCCACAACAAAUUAGAUAUAAUCAAAUUUCACAGCCAUCUAGUCAGUUAAUGAGACAACCUCCACCUCAGGCAAAUAAUGCUGAUCCAACUCAACAGUAUUUCUCACCUAAGCUUCCUGAAGGGCCUGUUGGGGGAGUUGUAGGUGGUUAUGAUCCCAAUCUUCAUGCUCAAAUGACUGGGAUGAGCAUUCAUGGUAGUUUUUCUCGAAUGUGGGGAAAUGAAAACAUCAAUUUGCUCCAAGAUAGAAAUAUACUUCCCUCUGUGCCUCUCAAACCACCAAGAGUAGUGAUACCCCAUGACAGACCAGCUUGUAAUCCAGACAUUUUCAGAUGUACUCUAACAAAAAUUCCAGAGACUCAUUCACUGCUUCAAAAAUCUCGAUUACCCUUUGGAAUCCUCAUUCAUCCUUUCAGAGACCUUAAUCAACUUUCAGUGAUUCAGUGUGGUAGCAUAGUUCGGUGUAGAUCAUGUCGUACAUAUAUCAACCCAUAUGUAUCUUUCGUUGAUCAGCGAAAAUGGAAAUGUAAUCUCUGUUUUCGAGUAAAUGAUUUACCAGAAGAAUUCCUGUAUGAUCCUGUUUCCAAGUCAUAUGGUGAUCCCUCCAGAAGACCAGAGAUUAGAAAUGCCACUGUUGAGUUUAUUGCACCUUCAGAGUACAUGUUACGGCCACCACAACCAGCAGUAUAUCUUUAUGUUUUAGAUGUUUCACAUAGUGCUUUACAAACAGGUUACUUGACAGUGUUCUGUAAAACUUUAUUAGAGGAGCUAGAUAACAUCCCUGGUGAUUCUCGCACGCAAAUUGGAUUUAUUACAUUUGACAGUUGCAUUCACUUUUAUAACAUUAGUGAAGGUCUUAAUCAACCCUCCAUGAUGGUGAUGUCAGAUAUUGAUGAUGUAUUUUUGCCCCUCCCAGAAGGCUUGCUUGUGAACCUACAUGAAAACAGAGGGCUAAUAGAAGAUCUUCUGAAAGAUCUUCCCAAUAGAUUUGCUGAGAAUGAUAGCACAAACAGUGCUUUGGGAGCUGCACUUGAGGCAGCCUUUCUUGCAUAGGUUUCAACUGGAGGGAGGAUUACUGUUAUGCAGACACGUAUACCAAAUAUUGGACCAGGAGCUCUAAAACCCAGAGAAGAUCCAAAUCAACGAGCAGCCAAAGAUGUUACUAACCUUGGGCCUGCCACAGAUUUCUACAAACAACUAGCAUUGGACUGCUCAGGUCAGCAGAUAGCUGUGGAUCUGUUUUUGCUAAGUUCUCAGUAUGCGGACCUAGCAACUCUGUCUUGUGUAUCUAAGAUCUCUGCUGGCUGUAUUCACUAUUAUCCAAAUUUCCAUGUCACAAUGAAUAAACUCCAGACAAGGAAGUACCAAGAAGAUUUAAGGCGUUAUCUUACCAGAAAGAUUGGAUUUGAGGCUGUAAUGAGAAUUAGGUGCACCAGAGGUUUGGCUUUCCACACUUUCCAUGGAAACUUCUUUGUCAGGUCCACAGAUUUGUUGUCUCUUCCCAAUGUGAAUCCUGAUGCAGGUUAUGGCUUACAGGUUGCUAUUGAGGAGAACUUGACAGACUACAAAAAUGUCUGUUUUCAAGCUGCUGUGCUUUACACAUCUAGUAAAGGUGAAAGAAGAAUCCGUGUCCAUACUUUGAGCCUUCCAGUAGUAGCAGUUGUAACAGAGCUAUUAGGAAGUACUGAUCAAGAGGCCAUUGUUGGUCUUUGGGCAAAGAUGGCGGUUGACAGAAGUAUAUCAGCCUCUCUCACUGAUGCACGAGAUGCCCUGAUCAAUGCCUGUAGUGAUUAUUUGAGUAUUUACCACAAAACAUUAGCAGUCAGCCAGACAGCUGGAGCACUUAUGAUUCCUCAUUGUGCUCAAUUGUUGCCCCUCUUUUUAUUAGGUUUGUUGAAAAAUGUGGCAUUCCGAGUAGGUAUUAGUACAAAAUUGGAUGAAAGAGUCUUUGCAAUGGAACAGAUGAAGUCUAUGCCUCUUCCUUACUUGAUGAUGUAUAUCUACCCAAGGAUGUAUCCAGUGCAUUCCUUAGAUGACAAUAACUCCAUCCAAACUGAUGAAGGAACAGUAAUUCCUCAGCCUCCCAUACUUCAGCUAACGUUUGAGAAAUUAGAUCGUUCAGGAGCAUACGUUCUAGAUACAGCAGUUUCUAUGUAUCUUUUUAUUAGACGAGACAUCAGCAAUAACUUCUGUUCAAGUGUUCUAGGAGUGCCAACAUUUGGAGCAAUUCAGGAGGGAUUGACUGAUCUACCAGAGCUUGACACACCAGAAUCACUCAGACUUAGGAACUUUGUAUCUUGGCUUCUUUCCCAGCGGCCAUUCUAUAGUCCUUUACUAAUUUUGAGGGAAGACAGUAAAGAAAGGUACAGAUUUCUUCAACAUAUGGUCGAUGACAGAUCUGAGUCAUCCUUUUCCUACUAUGAAUUUCUGCAACACUUGAAGCAGCAGAUAUCAAAAUGAGUUUCAGAUAUAGAAAAACUUGUGAUGUUUUUCUUGUUUUAAUGGUAAAUGAUCAUGGUUACUGAUUUAAGAAAACUUGAUUAUUGGUACCUUGACUAUAAAGUCAUACAUCUGUACAUUUCAUAUACCUGAAGUCAGAGAUAGAAGAAAUGAUUUUGAAAUUCAAGAACUGAAAGUAUUAUAGAAAUGUUUUACAAAUCUGAAAAUGUGUGGAACAAGAACAUGUGAUUACUGGUUUUCUGUGAAAUAAUUCAAAAAUGUCUUUAUUAUGGUAAAAACUGUACCUAGAGAAUGAAAAAUAGCCAUGAAUAACUUGAUCUGUAAAAGGUGUACCUAGAGAAUGAAAAAUAGCCAUGAAUAACUUGAUCUGUAAAAGGUGUACCUAUAAUAAAUGUGUAGAUAGAAUGAUGGUUGAAAUGAGAAAAGGUCUUGCUAUAACUGAAAUACAUAUUGCAGCUACAUCCUGAAGAAAGUAUUAUAUUAAAGGAUUUUGUUUCUUUUACCUGUCUCUGUUGUUUGUUGAUCGUUUGCUUAAAUACAACAGCAGAACCAUUGAUAAUCUGUCUGGUACCUAGUGUUAUUGAACUUGGUUGGUAUGUCCAAAUAUAUAUGAAGUAAGAUCUACAAAGAAACUUGAUUUUAGAAAUUGGGAGAAAAAUGUUAAUUUAGUUUUAUUUUGCUUCAUGAUUUUAUAUAGGUGCAGGUGUGUUGAAUGCUAAUUCAGGUGAAAUGUUUACAUGUGUGUACAUGAGACGAGUUGAUGAAGUAUACUUGUAACACACACACACAUAUUAUAAAUAGAUAAAUACAUGUUUCUUUUAUUUGAGACAACAUAUUUUACUUUUAUUCACUGGGAAAUAUUUCUUUAUUUGGGACAUGAUUUUUUUUUGUUCACAGGGAAGUACAUGCAAUGUGAAACUAUGAUACUGAAUAUAGGGAUUAUAGCUAAUAUUAUUUAUGAAGUUAAUGUUUGUUUUCCCAACAUGUUAAGCAAUUGCUGUAUGAUGAUUGCCUAAAAGUAUGUACCAUUCUGAUGGUGAAAUUAUAGUCAAAUUUCAGUGUCAUUUCUACUGACAGCUCAUACAGAGAUGAAAAAGUAGCAAAUUUCCUCAUAUCAAAAACUUUUGUUGACCAAUAUUUUAUCUUUAUAUUUUGUUGAUUGAUUGAUCCUGGAAUAGUUUAACAAAAGAAAAACGACAGUUAAACUCGUCGUUUACAACUGUUCCAAAUAAAAUUGAAAGGAAAUUUGUGCCUUUUUGUCUUCAAUAUUUUGCACUGCAAUGGGGAAACAAUUUAAAUUUUUUGACAUCACAUCUUUUGAAGCAGUAUUUAUUCUUCUAGCUUGUUUAAAAUUUUAUUUUCAUGAAGAAAUUUUUAGCCUGAAGAAACAAGACUUCCUCCUCUUAACGAGGAAAUUUUUAGUAUAUAUGAUCAAAAGUUUCCUCCUUGGUUUUUAAGAAAAACUGCUGUAUUGCAGCAGAGUGGUUAUAAAUGUUUGAGGUUGAAUUCUUAAGGACGAAAAGUAUGAUUUGUAAGUAUGAAAUUAUU